UUACAGCCGCGAGGAGCCGGAAAAUUAUCAACAUUUGAUUUGGUGUAAUUAUUUUUUUAUUCAUCAACAUAUCUUUUGUUAUGCAGAUAAGGAAGAACUGUUUAUGAUUUCCAUGACAACUCCUUUAACUGCUUGCUGAAGAGAAAGGGAAAAUGUGGAACUCUGGGAUGUCGAACUGGGGAGCUGGCUCCACGGAGGGAAACACUCUGGGAAAAAAACGGAGCUACGCAGAGACAGGAUUCUCUACGGAUAACAAUGGUGGGGGUUUUGGACCGCCCUCUACUUCCUACAUGAAGAAUGAUUAUGGUCAAGAUGAUUAUGGUUAUGGGGGUCAGUGGCCGGAUUAUGAUGCUAGUUACGGAUCUUCACAUGAAACACCUCACCAUCAACCCCCUCCCGACGACAUGAUGAGUUCCAUGGGGCUCCCCACAUCAUUUACGGCCACCAUAAACCAGGCCUCGGAAAACUUCACAGAAGACAUCCCUCUAGAAGGCAAAGGAAGGAGAAAUCACGGCGGUGUGUACCAGACUCCAGGUUAUCAGAAUCAAGCACAGUAUGGCAGGGGUGGAAGAGGGGGAGGCCAAGGGGAGAGAGGAGGCCAUGGGGGGAGAGGGGGCCGGGGUCAGAACAAACGAGGUCAAGGUAGAGGAGGAGGUCAGCAGAGAGGAGGAAGAGGAGGGGGUCAGAGAGGUGGGGGCGGUGGGGGAGGGUUCCAGAACAAGGGAAGAGGAGGUGGGAGGGGCGGAGGUCAGGACAGGGGAAAUAACUACAAUCAACCACAGUGGGGAACAGGCUACAAUGAAGGAGGGGGAGGAGGAAGAGGAAGGGGAGGUAACAACUUCAGGGGUAAUGUUCAGAAAAAGCCAGGACUACCUCCUAAUAAAGUGUUUAGUGGUAAUAAGAGGGGGGGACGAGGACGGGGCAAUAGAGGGGGGUCAGGGGGACAGUUUGGUGGCACAAUGGCUCCUGUUCACAGCCUGUCUAAGGUUGCAACCCAGCAGUUUGAUACGGCCAACAUGUCCACAGCUGAGAAGAUACAUAGAUUUGCCCUGUACGUCCAGGGAGAACCAAUGAAAGUGAACGCUAUACAGACAAUAGAAAACGCCAUUACAGGAAGCAAGCUCAACCUGAAAACUCAAUAUGAGGUUGAGGAGUUAAUGAGAAUCUCUGGGAAGUGGAUGUUCACAGGGCGUCUUAUCCUUGGGGGCAUAUUUCUAGCUCGCAGUGUGGGAGCUAACAAAAAAGAAGUUAAGCAUGAGACUUACCAGAAAGCCCUGGAUGUUUUAAAAACCAAAACUGUAGCUGAAAUAUUUAAUCUUACAGACCCAGGAGCUGAAGCCAUAAGGAAAGAAUUGGCCUCAACAUUAGACACAGAAAAAGAUGUCUCUAAACAAGCCGACACGAUUCUUCAGAAGCAGACAGAACAAGCGAUGACCAUUCGUACCAAUCAGGAUGGUUUUAUUUGUUUGAUUGAGUACAUAAAGUCGGCGGGAAAUCUGCCAGAGAACAAGAUCUCGUGUAUGGAGCAGGCUAUGAGUGCCUCCCACUGCGCUCUCAGUCACAAGUAUGACUUCAAAGCCUCCAGACUCCCAACUGGAAGAUUUUUCUUUCAUGGGAUAUUGACUGUGGGGGACAUUGUGAUUGCUGUCGGUAAGGGCCACAGGAAGAAAGACGCCAAAGUCAACACGUACGAGGAGGCCUUCAAAAACUUGACAACAAAGCCACUGCAGGAGGUAAUGAAGGGAAUAGAUGUGGAGGAAGAGGCCAAGACUGAAGAAGAAGCAAGUGGGUCAGGAGUGGCCAUGAUUGUAGACGGAAAGAAAAUGUCUGUCACUGAGAAAAUGGACAAAAUGAUCCAACGCCUAAAGGACGCAGUAUACAAAGAAAACAAUAUCAACACAGUGGAUGCCUGCGCUACAAAUCUGGGUCUGACUAAGACCUGUAUUUACCGUAGAUUACAGGGGGAUGACGAGGCAGACCCCUCAAGGGUGGCCUGUGACCUCUACCUGGAGAAAUUCCUGAUUGCCUCGGGGGAGGGAGAGAAGAGGAAGGAGUCCCAGAUAGAUGCCUAUAACAAUGCCUGGGAGGUGUUAAUUACCACCACAGGUGAACACGUCGUAAAGGACCACAAACGACUGACCAAUGACAAUGAUGACCCCUCCAUCAUUGAUGUCCACGUUAAAGGUGCCCAGAAACCACAAGGAGACUCCAACCUGGCUGGUCUUAAAAGACACAACCAGGACCAUGAGGACCCCUCUAAGACAGUGGACAGCCUGGUCAUCCUGGAGCAUGAGGAGUGGACAAUGGACAGGAAGAGGCAGGCCUUCUGUAUCCUCACUUACUCUGCCACCUCUAACGGCAUGCUGCUGCAGUGGAACACCACUCAAGAAGGGAACAUGUUCAAAUGUGAUAUCUCUCUACAAGGAACACUAAUUGGUGAAGCUAAAGCCAUGAGUAAGAACAAUGCCAGAAAUCUAGCAGCAGCUGAUUCCUUGUUUAAGCUUUACGAGUCUCAGGAUGUUAUCAAGGUGACCAGACGAGAUGACAGCAAGCUAUGGAUUGCCUACAGCAACAUCCUCAGUAAAUCGAAGAUUCUGCAGGAGAGACAGGGGGACGGGGCGGACCCUGAACUCAGACCCUCCCUGGACAACGAGGGAAACGUCAUCCCUAUCCCAGAAGAGGCCAAUAAAUGGGUCCUCAAAGUGUGUGAAGAAAUCAUCAAUGAAUACAAAGAUCAAUUCACAAUGGAGGAACUUAUUUUUGGUCCAGGAAUGCCCUUGCAUGAAAGCAAAGAGGUAAGAAACAUGGCCAAAACUGGGAACCUGCGACACGACAUUCGUCAGCUAGAGGGCCAGUCAUAUCUCGUCAUUCAGCACAGAAUGCAGCCCCAGGACAUCGCUAAGUGUGUCCACGCAGCAAACGGGAGAAGUGGGAAAUACCUCCUGGUGGACAAGAGUUCCCUCCCCUCCCAUCAGGACAUUAUCCCUGACCUGGAGAAACAGAUGGCGCUGAGCGGGAGUCUAGCGGGGCAGACGAAGACAGAGGUCAGGGCCCCGAACCCCCUACAGGGAUUUAAACCCCGGAUACUGAGUGACCAGGACAGCGAAGAGGGUUUCGAUCAGAGCCUGCAAAGAUUGUACUAAGUUAUACUGAGUUAUUCUGAGAGGUCACAGCGAGUCAUUGUCAAACAAUGGACCAUCUGCUGAGAUGUUUACACUUAAGUGACAGACUGUGUGAAAGUUUUAAAUAGACAUUGCAUCACUGUUUCAAAUGUUGUGAAUAUAUGUUUUUAUAUGUGUUUUUGUAAAAAUGUUUUAUUAAAUGGAUAGACAUCUUUA